CAGGGUCGUAUUGAAUAUCUUCUGAAGUGGCAGGGAUGGCCGCCCAAGUACAGUACAUGGGAGCCCGAGGAACACAUACUGGACCCUCGCCUUGUUCUCGCUUAUGAGGAGAAGGAACAGAGGGAGAAAGUGUUGGGGCAUCGCAAGAGGGGCACCAAACCCAAAGGACUCCUCCUGCAGAGGCUUUAUGGGAUGGACCUGCGCAGUGCACACAAGCUUCCGGAACAGCCAGUCCCCAGAAUCCGCCUGUCGCUCACGCGCUCACUCAGGGAGGAGAGCCAGGGAGAGAGGCCUCCUCAGGAAGAGAAGGGAGACACAGAUCCCAGCGUGUUCGAGAGGCUGGACCCCGGGGAGUACAAGAGCAAAGUGUCUGCUUUCGUCCGACUGGCCCCACUACGCCCCCCGGUGGACUACCGGCACUCGCACACUGGGGAGGGACCGGAAGAGGACUGGGAGAGGACUGAGAGUAGCGUGUCAGCUCAGAGAUCACAUGUCAUCAAUGCUGGAGCGGGCCCGGGGAGUGGGUGGAGCCCUGAGAUGUCACCGGGUGAGAUCACAGUCACUGAUGUCACCAUUAACUCUCUCACAGUCACCUUCAAGGAGGCUUUGGCAGCUAAAGGAUUUUUCCGUGCUUUCAGCACGCAGUUCUAAAUCCGGAUAAACAUCCAGGAAUCCAGAUCUUCGUGUUUUUAAUCAUAGAAAAGAAAAAAAAAAAUAUAUAUAUAUACAACCUUUUCAGUUACAGGAUGGAUAUUAGUGGCUACAUUCAUUCAGCGUUGUUACAUACUACCUUGUAGCAUGUCUCAUACAAGAACUGUAUAGACGGUAAUACCUUGGGUUUGGGGAAUGUACAGCUAUGGCCAAAAGUUUUGCUUCACCCUAUAGAGUUAACUAAUUCUGCUUCGAAUGAAGCCUGCUGAAUGAGUUUACAUUGACAUGUUGAAUUACGUACCGCUUUGUAGUUGUCCAUAUCCUUUAAACUGACAAUGUGACAUUUUGAAAUCUAACAGAAAUAUUGUACUACUGUUUCUGGUAUCUUUAUAGCGAUAUUAAUUUCUAUUUGCUUUGAUUACCUGCUGUUAAAUAAAAGAUCUAAAUUAUGUUCAUAUAUACUUUUUUUUUUUUUUAAAUCUCAAUCCUACAAUUCUAGCUGACGCACAACUUUUGGCCAGAGCUGUAGAAAAGCGAAAGAGUUGAAAAGAAUCUCUCGCUGUCAUCUCAAAAAUGAGCAAAGCUUAAGUAUUACAAAUGUGGUCCUUUUUUCAUCUUCUUCCAAGCCUUUAGACCCUACUAUAUACAAGACCCUAAACUGUUUUUUGUUUUUUAUUUCUGGUUUGGUAACUUUUUUUUUUUUCUGGUUGUGUUUUUUUGUUUUCCUUCCUGAAAAAAAACUACCUUUGUAAUUCUAGCCCUUUUUUUUUUCUGCAAGGAAGAAAACCCCAAUUAGAAUUAUAAAACUUACAGGAAUCAGCUUCGGGCUGUGUAGAACGUUCUGAAUGAAAUGCUUCAAUAGUUUAUUUCUGCUAUGCUGAUAAGGGCGCCGAGCAGAAACGUUUGUCUGCUAACGUUGUACCUUAUAUCUGGUUUGAUGUUUCGUUGGGAGCUUUUUUUCCCCUUUUCUGGGGGGAAAAACAAAACAAAACUGCACUCUUAGAAAUUAUGAGGACAGCAGUCCAGCAAUUUGGUGUAUUGUGUCUCAAAAACAUUUCAACAUGUCCAGCGCUUUGUGAUGGUGGUCCACUAUGAAAGGCGCUAUAUAAAAAUAAAGAUGAUUAUUAUUAUAAAAUAACUUGU